AUGAUUGUAAAAGUUAAUCUUCAGCACUUGAGAGUUUGGAGGGCAGUCAUUAAGAUUUAUCACACCAUUAAAAAAGGUUCAUAUUGUGCUGCAAAUCUGAACAAGUGCCUCUCCAGCCCCUGCAAAAACAAUGCAACCUGUGAGCAACAUUCUGAAACUUAUGUUUGCCAUUGUCCAGAGACACCAGCGGCAUAUACAGGGAAGAAUUGCGAGGAACUGUAUGAUGUGUGCGCUUCAUAUCCCUGUCUGCACAAUGCAACAUGCAACAGUGUUUUAGGCACAGCCAACUUCUCUUGUGACUGCCCUCCUGGUCACACUGGCACCAGUUGUGAAAUUUACUUCGACAAAUGUGCCAACAUCUCCUGCAUGAAUGGUGCCACAUGUUUAGAUGAUGCUGCUGGCCCCAGCUGUGUUUGCCCGCCAGGUUACACAGGUGCCAACUGUGAAACCAAUGUGAAUGAAUGCGCAUCGAAUCCAUGUGAAAAUGGAGCUGUGUGCAAAGAUAAGGUGGAUGGGUUUUCAUGUUUCUGUGUACCUGGGUAUCAGGGCAGACGAUGCGAGAUUGAAGUAGAUGAAUGUGCGUCAGAACCCUGCAAGAAUGAAGGUAGAUGCAUGAAUGAAAUUGACAAGUAUAUCUGUGCCUGCCCACCUGGUCUGACAGGAACUAAUUGUGAACAAGAAAUCAAUGAAUGCUUGUCACAGCCAUGCCUGAAUGGUGCAACCUGCCAGGACCACUUUGCCAGCUACUCAUGCACAUGUGUAUCCGGGUUCAAAGGCACCAACUGCGAAAUAAACCUCGAUGAAUGUACUAGUCAGCCAUGCCAGAAUGGAGGGCAAUGUAUAGACAAAGUAAAUGGGUAUAGCUGUGACUGUUCAAACAGCCGAUUCAUGGGUCAACACUGUGAUAUCUACGUCCCAGCUUGCCUUUCAUAUCCAUGCCUGAACAGCGCCACCUGCCAGGACAAUAUUGGAAAUUACAUUUGCCACUGUUGGCCAGGUUUCACGGGGACACACUGUGAAAUCGAUAUCCAUGAAUGCUUCAGUAAUCCUUGUCUACAUGGAGGAGAGUGUGUUGAGCUCUCCUGGAAAAAUAUGUACGGAAACACAUCAGAACUGCCUGCAGUGUUCAGCUACGAGCAUGCUGCUGGCUACCUCUGUAAAUGUCAGCACGGAUUUACAGGUUCACGCUGUGAGAUGGAUGUUAAUGAGUGUGACUCAAAUCCUUGUCAAAAUGGUGGAACUUGUCAGAAUACCAUGGAGAGCUACAUGUGCCAUUGCCCAGCACGAAAUGAACAAGAAAUCUUUUAUGGAGGCAAGAACUGUACAGACAUUCUGACUGGCUGUGAGAACCACGAAUGCCAGAACGGAGCGACAUGUAUCCCUUACCUAAAGGAUGCACAACAUAGGCACUAUUGCCUCUGUGCUAACGGUUACACUAGAUUGAACUGUCAAUUAUCAACAACCUUCUCUUUUGCAGUCGGUGGAUAUCUUCAUUUUAAAACAGCAAGUGCCAGGAAGCAUGAAGAGUCAACGGAUAAAUUUGUCUACCGUGUAUUCCUAAGGUGCAGAACUGUACUGUCUAGUGCAAUUAUAUUUCAUAGAGGGAACAAAGAUACAUUUAUGAAAUUGGAAGUGCUCAAUGGGCAUUUAUUUGCAUCUCUACAAAUAAGAAACCAGCUGGUUGCAGGUCUUGAGAUUUUUAAGAAUGUAAAUGAUGGUGACUGGCAUACUGUGGAAAUGAUAUUCAGCAAUGACUUUUCUGUCAAGCUACUGGAAGAUUCAUGCUCAGAAGAAUGUGAGAUCAAAAAGUUUGUUGGGCUAGAAAGUGGCCAACUUGCUUCUGCAUUUGAGAACACCUUCUUUGGGAGCACAGAAAAUGAGUACGGACACUUUUCGGAAGGCACCAAUGUCAUCCAGCCUCGGUCUUAUUUUAUUGGUUGCCUCCAGGAUGUGGAGGUGGAUUCGCAAAGAAUUGAUGUAGAAAAUCUUUCAGUUGACUCAGCACUGAAUGUCAAACCAGGGUGCAGCAAGAAUGAAUGGUGCCGGAGGAACCCAUGUCAGAGCAAGGGACAAUGCAUUGACUUGUGGCUAAGUUACAAAUGUGAAUGUUUCCGACCAUACAUAGGAUUUAACUGUUCAGAAGAAAUAAUACCAGGCAGAUUUGGUCAUGAAGAUUCUAAAGGCUAUGCUAUGUUUAUCAUUGAUGAUGAUCCGGGUGAAGAGGUGGAGAUAUCAAUGUUCAUUCGCACACAAAAACCAAAUGGUCUGUUAUUUGUCCUAAAGAACAGCCGUGCUCAGUAUCUCCAAAUAGGGUUGGACACUGGCAGAAUCGUUGUCCAAUCUCACUUGUCCAAACCCCUCACGGGCGGUCACUUCACAACUGACAGCCCUUUUCAUUUAAUAACAGUGAAGAUAAAGAGAAACAAAUUGGAACUUGUUCAUUCCGGAGAGGUGGUUGGUCAGACUCAUAUUCAUCCAAUUCGAGUUCAAGCCGGUGAUGUGGCGUAUAUUGGAGGCCUGCCAGAUCAGCUGCAAUCAGUUCAUGAUGGCAGGUACUUUAAAGGAUGUAUCCAGGAUUUAAAAAUCAACAAUAAAAGACUGGAGUUUUAUCCCCUUGGUGUUUCUCAGGAUUCUUACAGUAACAGGACACUUGUAAAUAUAACAAGUGGCUGCAAUGAUGACAAUGCAUGUAAGUUAAACCCAUGUCUGAAUGGUGGAACCUGUUUCUCCAUCUGGGAUGACUUUCUAUGCAAGUGUCCUCCAAAUACUUCAGGAAAAACCUGCAGCCAAGUCGAGUGGUGCCAGCUCAACCCAUGUCCGCUGUACUCAGAAUGCCAACCACUCAGUGAUGGAUUUGAUUGUCUUGUUAAUGCAACUUUUAAAGGAUGGAAAAGUGACCUGGCUUUCAGAGGAAAUGGCAAGAUCAAGCGAGAACUCACCAACAUUACAUUUAGUCUUCGAACGAGGAACGCGAAUGCUGUUAUACUCCACGCUGAAAAGGAGCAAGACUUUAUCACAGUUGCUAUCCAGCAGUGUCAUUUAAUAUUUAUGAUACAAAGUGGGAACAGCCUGGGCAACCUGAGUAUAAUCAGCUCAAGAACAAUUAGCGAUGGUCUCUGGCAUGAAGUUAUUUUUUACAUGAUAGAUCCCUGGAUUGAGUAUUCCAGGUGGCAGAUGGUGAUAGACAAGAAAGAAGAGAUGGUGACAAGUACAGUUGUCAGUGGGAACCUGAACUUUCUGUUAGAAGGAACAGAUAUUUAUCUAGGGAGUGGAGGCCCUAAAAAAAGAGGCAGCCUCGCAGGAUGUUUGAACACAAUGAAACUUAGUGGCAUAUCCUUACCAUACUUUGCAAAUGAUAAUAUGCACAUUAUCAAGCCUCAGCAAGAACAAUUUAUCAAAAUAUCUUCCAGUCCUGUAUUAUUGGGAUGCCCGACGAAGAACAUCUGUGUAUCCAAUCCUUGCAAAAACAAUGGAAGCUGUGAGGACAUGAUCAGUUACUAUCAAUGUAGCUGUCCUUCAGGCUGGACAGGCCUGAACUGUGAGGUCAACAUCAAUGAGUGUCAGUCAAGUCCUUGUAUUCAUGGCAACUGCACUGACCAAGAUGCAGCAUAUAAAUGUAUAUGUAAACCUGGCUUCAAGGGCAUUAAUUGCGAAGUGAACAUAGACAACUGUCAAAAGCACAAGUGUACAAAUGGAGCUACAUGCAUUGAUGUCAUUAACAGUUACUUAUGUAGUUGUCCCAAUAACUUCACUGGAAGAUUUUGUGAAUAUCCUAGAUUAUCUGCUGCAUUCUGCAUUGAUGAGAAGAAAAAUUGGACCUGUUAUAAUGGGGGAAAUUGCACUGAUGGGAAGAAUACAAGGUGUAUCUGUCCUAUGGGAUUCACUGGAAGCCAAUGCGAAGUCGACAUUGAUGAAUGUGAAUCAGGCCCUUGUCUUAAUGGAGGUUUCUGCCAAAACUUACCCAAUGAGUUCCAUUGUAUUUGCGACGUCAGCUUUGCCGGUGACCACUGUGAGUUUGAUCAGGAUGUGGAAACCUGGACCUCAGAGAUUCUGCUGUAUGUUGUCUUGGUCACAGUGGCAUUGUUAUUAAUUUUCUUUCUAGUCCUCACUGCCACCAUUGUGACCCUGAACAAAAGAGCAACACAUGGGGCAUACAGCCCAAGCCGGCAGGAAAAGGAAGGAUCUCGGGUGGAGAUGUGGAACAUGGUGCACCCACCGCAAGUGGAGAGACUUAUCUGAAUGAAAAUAGAGCUUGGCAAAUUGUUUCCAGUGUACGUUGUGAUAUAAUCAUUGCUGUAUGUACAGGCUGAGGAUGCCAUCCGAUUCAGAGUGCCAUGAGGAAUGCUUUAACUGGGAUUGAAAUUUCUUAAAAGUGCAGUUUAACCCAAUUGACUUGCCAAAUCCUUGCUUGAACACUCAUAUCUACCAUUAAAAAUUGUUCUAUUUUAAUUCUCCCUUUCUACCUAACUGUCAAUAGAAAAUGGUUUGUAAUGAAGGUGAACAUAGAAUACACAUAAAUACAGGAAGAAGAUAACCGUUAAAAUGUAAAGAUUAAGAUACCCCCUGGAGCUUGGAUGCUUUGUGUAUAUGUAUAUUCCUUCUGGAUGGCUUGGGUUAAAACUAGUUAAAAUUGUGCCUAGGGAUUGAACCUUCUCUGAGUUUCACUUCUGUCUUCAUUAGAAAAGGAAGAGUUUGACUGUUGUUUUGAUGAGCAAAGUCUCCCAAAGAAUGAAAGGGUUAAGGUGGGCACUCUAUGUCCCAGUGGUGACCAGGACUGUGUUAAGAACUUUGUGACAGAAUUGGGUCUUUUGGAAAUACAUAACUGAUAUGUUCUCCAUUUUGUCCAGUUGAAAUAUGUUGGUUAAGACUUGUUUUGUGGAGAUAAUGAAAUAAAUAAAUAAAUACUUUUGCUACUCAACUAAUGCUUAGCAUUAUACAGCACAAGUAGAACUAUCAACUAAAGAAUAUCAAUUCUGAAUACUUUCUAGUUUGGACUUUUUUUAUAUGUUAUUUUCUACUAUCAUGCCAAAUGUUAUCAUUCUCUAAUGGUGGCAGGUUAACUGCCUGCGCUGACACUUUUUCAGCAGCUGCAAUUGGUGAUAGUAAAUACAAAGAACAAAUGUACCUGGACUGUAAGAUCAAUUUAGAGUUAAUAUAAACUUAUUUGCGCUUAGGAUUAAGUUGCAUGCAUGUUGAAGAUUGACUGCCGUUCUUCAGUGAGAAGUCUACAGGGCCGAUGUUAUAACAAGAGUUAUUAAAACAAAUAACAGGGAAAAACUAACGAUGUACAGCAGUCGAACAGCAGAUUUCCAACUCUUGCAAAUUACAUAGAAUUUCACUAGUCAUUCAGCCAAACAGGUCGAUGCAAGAGUUGAUGCUUCACGUGAACCUCCUCCACCCCUUGUUCAUCUCAUCUUAUCAACAUAUCUUUCUGUUUCUUUCUCCCUCAUUUACUUUUCUUUAAAUGCAUCUAGGUUAGUCACCUCAAGUAUGUCAUAUGGCAGCAAAUUCUGCAUCCACAACAUACACAGUGUAAAGAAGUUUCUUCUGAAUUUCAUAUCCAAUAUAUUAGUGAUUAUAUCUAGGGCCCCACUUUUGGAACCCCCACCCACCCCCGCACUGCCCCACCACGAUAAGUAGAACAUUUUUAUUUUUGUCUACUCUAGCAAACCCCUUCAUUAUUUUAGGUAUUCCUAUCAAGUUACCUUUUAGUCUUCUCUUUUCCAGAGAAGCUCCUGUCUGUUCAGCCUUUCCUGAUAGUUAUAGCCUGUUAGUUCUUUUCAUUAAAUUUACAAUCACACUCAUAGAGACGUCACACAUUGCCGGUUUGAAAACUGGAAUUGUCCACCUUGAGGUAUCAGGAGAAGGGGUGAAGUAGAGCACUCUACUGAGUUUAGGCUAGAGCAGAGGGAGCUUGAUUCAGCAUAUAGCCUUUCUGUAUGUGAGCUGUAAGUGUUUGAUGUGGACAUUGGGAGAUAAAACCAAGGAGAUAGAAUACAUUUUCACUUUUAACUAACACAAAAGACAAAAAAAAUCAGAGAAGAUUUUAUUUUUACAUGACUUCAAAUGGAUUUAGUGGAAAUUUAGUGGACAGCAAAAAUAAAUGUUACGUGGACUGCUUUGGAAGCAGGUCAGAGAAGGUUUACCAGGCUAAUACCUAGAACGGUUGGGUUGCCUUAUGAGGAAAGGUUGGACAGGCUGGGCAUGUAUCCGUUGAAGUUUAGAAGAUUAAAAGGUGACUUGAU